AUGCAAACUAGGGGUGGAGAAGCGGAAAGUGAAAGUGAGGAGGGCGAUGAUAGCGAAAGCGAAGAGGACGAUGAUGAUGGAGAAGAGGAUGUUGAAGGCCAUGAAGAGCGGGUGGAGAAGCGGAAAGUGAAAGUGAGGAGGGCGAUGAUAGCGAAAGCGAAGAGGACGAUGAUGAUGGAGAAGAGGAUGUUGAAGGCCAUGAAGAGCAGACAGGAGACAACGCAAACUAGGGGUGGAGAAGCGGAAAGUGAAAGUGAGGAGGGCGAUGAUAGCGAAAUCGAAGAGGACGAUGAUGAUGGAGAAGAGGAUGUUGAAGGCCAUGAUGAUGGUGAAAGCGAGGAGGAAAAUGAGAGGAGAACAAAGAAAAAAACUUAUCAGUUUCAAGUGCCGGCGUUGCAAGAGGAAUCGAUGUGGAAUUUGCGAUCGCAAAAAGACAGCAAUGCCAUGAGGGAAGGAUUAUGGAGGAAUCCGAUGAGAGGGGAUAGGGUGUUCUUAGUUGGCCAAAAAAAUGGUUGA